CGAAGCAAUCCGGAGCUUUGAGACUGAAGGAGACAUCGCCAUCGACGACGUCAGCCUCACGGGCUGCCAGAUUCCACAGCCUGUGACUGGUGAUUGCCGGAGCACGGAGGUCAAAUGCGACAGUGGUGCCUGCGUACACCAGAGCCGAGUCUGCGAUUUCAGUGAUGACUGCAGCGACUUGUCCGACGAGAAGAUCAACGAUGUAUGCGUGAACUACGACCGGUGCGACUUUGAAGAUCACUUCUGUGAAUGGGCGCACGUAGAGCACAGCGCCUUCAAGUGGUCGCGAACCAAGGGCUACACAGACGACGCUUGGGGAACCGGACCACUCCGGGAUCACACCACAAACAGCAACCAGGGGAGCUAUAUCUACAUCGACUCCAGCUCUGCCAAUUACAAAGAUCGGGCACGCUUGGCAUCUCCCCCACUGCAAGCCAUCCAGUCCGGCGACGACUGCCAGCUCCGCCUCUGGUUCUACAUGUACGGCUCAGACCUGGGCACCGUCCGCAUCAAGACGUGGACAGAGACCUUUGGCGUGGAGACCACCCUGUACUCCCGCAGCGGUCACUCGGGCGACUUCUGGGAGCGAGUGGACAUCAAGUUCGACUCGGACAAACCGUUCCAGGUUAUCUUGGAAGGUAUGGCCGGGGAUGGUCCACUCGGGGACAUUGCCGUGGACGACACCUCCUUCACACCGGACUGCAAGCGCUUGACAGAUGAUUUCCCAUCUGUGCCAUACAAGCCCACGAUCAGCCCCUGCGGCGAAGGCAAGUGGCAGUGCACCACGUCCAACGACUGCAUCAACACCACGCAGAUCUGCGACUGGGUCUCCGACUGCCCCAGCGGCGAUGACGAGCAGAACUGUGGUCCUUGUGACUUUGAGGACUACAAGAUUUGCGGCUACACCGAUGUGAGCACGGGAGAGUUUGCCUGGCACCGACACCGGCCAACCUCAAGCGAAACGCCCAGUCAGGAUCACACCUCAGGAAGUGGCUACACCUUGAAGGCUGACCUGGGCUUUGGCCUGUUUAAUUCUCCGGCCAUUGUGGAGAGUCCCCUUCUCCAACCCUGCAGCGUGCUCUGCACCAUGAAGUUCUGGUUCGUCUAUUCUUCGCAGUCCCUAGGAAAGAUGGUCAUCCGGGUGCUGGACGCCGCCGAUCCAAAUGACAAUGCCGACCUGUGGUGGCUCCCGAAGAACGAGUCAAUCACCACUUGGACAGAGGCAGUCAUCACCAUCGGCCGACGCAAGACCGCCUUCAAGUUGCAAAUAGAGGCAUCCGUAACUUUGGACGAUGAAGUGUCCAUCGACGACAUCACCUUCGAGAACUGCGACCUGGACCAGGACUGGCCGUGUGAGGUCCAGUGCGGCAACGACGUCUGCGUCCCUGAGGCCAGGAUGUGCGACUACUCGGACGACUGCGGCAACUCCUUCGACGAAGACAACUGCGAUAACUUUGUUGAGCGGUGUGACUUCGAGAACGGCAUGUGCAACUACAACCAAUCCAGCACAGACGACACAGACUGGAUGUUAGACCAGGGCACUCAAGUCGGCUUCUACGAUCACACCACAAACACACUCUUCGGGAGCUUUCUGUACCUGGCCGACAAGACCGAGGGUAACCGGGCCGAUCUCAACAGUGUCAUCUUCAAAAUGCCACCCCUGGAUGGAUCCUGUGUGGUGCGGUUCUGGUACCGAAUGUAUGGCAUCGGCGUCAACAAGCUGGAGGUCAGCACGCGCUACUCCAUCAUCGAUGCGCCGGAGUCCCUGCUCAAGCUGGAAGGCAGCAAGAUUGACGGCUGGCAGCGUGCUGAGCAGAAGAUCACCAUCGGGGCCAGGUUCCAGCUUGUGAUUGAGGCAGUCACGUCCAGCGCCAUUCCACCCGGCGAGAACAUUGCCAUCGACGACAUCUCCUUCACCAAGGCAUGCCAGGUUGACACAGACCAGACUCUGCCCAACCACAUCAAGCCGACCUCUCACCCAGAUUGCGGCACGUCACAGUUCCGCUGUAGCGACGGGAGCUGCAUUGACCAGGCCCUGUAUUGCGACUUCAAACCGGACUGUCCGGACAGCUCUGACGAAAGGCUAUGCCCAUCCUGGUGCACGUUUGAAGACAAGACCCUUUGCGAGUGGCGGCAGGUAGGCGACUUCAAGCUGUCCAUGCGCUCGGGCAAAACCCCGGAUGACUUCAAGGGUCCCGCCAACGACUUCACUGGUGACCCAGACACGGCACCUGGCGUCUACCUGUACACCACGGGCUCGGCCUCUCAGAACACCCACAAGGCCCAGCUUGCCUCCCCAACAUUCCACACGCCCAGCACUGGCUGCACCUUCAGCCUCUACUACCACCUCUUCGGCGACAAGUUCGGCGACCUGACCAUCUCCUACCGGAUGGAGGAUGGCACCACCCUGCUCCUGGCCAAGAUGUCGGAUGACAUUGGGCCCUAUAACAAGUGGGACAACCUGGAGGCGAUGGUGCCCAGCUGCUUGAAUGCUUUCCAGAUCCUGGUAGAAGUGCAAGACCAGACAGCCAGCGCAAAUGCGGGCAUUGCCCUGGACGAGCUCCGCUUCAUCAACUGCGCCUACCAGAUCCCAAAGACCUGCCCUGGCAUGAAGCAGUGUAAGUCGGGACACUGCUACCCAGAGACGGCAGAGUGCGACUUCCAGAAGGACUGCUGCGACUUCACGGACGAGGCCGCCGUUACAUGCGGGGACUACAAGCGUUGUAACUUCGAUAAGGGCCUCUGUGAUUGGACACAAGCAACGGGCACGACCGCCUUUGCAUGGAGAAUCUCCAGGGGCAAGAUCCCAAAUAGCAACACUGGCCCAACUGGGGAUCACACUGGAUCUGGUUCCUACUUGUACGCCGCCUCUGUGCCUGAAAACUACGGCAAGACAGCGAACCUGGUCAGCAACAAGUACACAAUAGCAGCGGGAGACACCUGCAAGAUCCGAUUCUUCUACUUUAUGUUUGGCACCGGCAUUCGGGAUCUGAAGGUCCUGAAACGUGAAUACAAGGACAGUAACUACAAAGCAGAAGUGGUUUGGUCCAUGACAGGUAGCCAGGAGAACAGGUGGCUCCGAGCUGAAGCCCAGGUGCCAAACGGCAACCGAGUCUUCCAGAUCGGCCUGCAAGCCACCAUCGGCAACAGUCCGGAUGGCAACAUCGCCGUGGACGACGUGAGCUUCACGCCGGCCUGUAAGGUCUCUGGCGAUGGCCUGCUGCAGCCACCCACCACCAGUGCACCGCCUGUCAGUGGCGUGACGCCGGUCACCUGUGGUAAGGACAAGUUCAAGUGCAGCGCCGACAACAAGUGCAUCCCUCUCUCUGCAGUGUGCGACUCCCGUGAGCAGUGCAGCGACGGAGAAGACGAGCAGAACUGCUGGAAUGGAACAUCAACAGUGCCCCCUAAGGAAACACCCAGUCCACGAAAUGACCAGUCAAAUGUUGCCAUCAUUAUAAUCAGCGUCAUCGGCAGCGUCUUUAUCCUGGUUCUCCUGGUCAUCAUCGCCUUCCUGUACUCCAAACGGGUCCAGCAGACCAAACGUUUCGGAGGAUUAACCACCGAGAUGGGACUGGAGAACCCCGCGUAUGGCGCAGACGGCUUUGGCGAAACUGCUCUAACAGAUUUCACUGCCAGUGGUUACGACCCAGGCAUGUUCGCUGGAGAGGGGUCAAAAAAGAAGGACAAAAAACGCAAGAUCAGUUCCGUUGACAACCCAAUGUACGGACAGACUCCUGCUGUACUACCCCUGGAUAACGAACGAGAUUGUUAAGUGAUUCCUUAUUAGUUUCUUUGCUCCCUGAUUUAUUCUUUCCAUCGAUUUUUAUUGAAACUGGGUAAAAUCUAGAACGAUAUUGAUGAUUUUCUCUAAUAUCUUGGGAAUGGCAGUUUGUAGCCGUGACAGAACAUUUUUAUUUUAUGUGUUUGCUUCUUCAAACGGUGUGCAAGUGUGUUUAACAGUGGAUACUGCAAGAAACAUUUCCCAUGCAUGAGUAUUUUGUCUAUUUUUUUGUGGAAAAUGGCAAUUAUACCUAAAACACUCUGCAUUUUGUUAAAAACUCAUUUCACUGGUGAGGUCCCCCCCCAAAAUAAAAUUGUCUGUAGCUCACCAAGGUGAAGCGACUUAUUUGUUUAUAUCUCUAGAAAGGAUAUUUACUUUUAUAUUCAAAAAAUCUGAAUCAUAUUAGAUUUUCAAUAACAUGUUGGGUUAGUCAUCUUAGUACUGUGUUAAAACGUUCUGUGAUUGUAAUUAAAGCUCUUCUGUGUGUAUUCCAAAUACAUUUGUAACCGCUAGUUCUAGUAGGGGGCAUUACAUUGUGGUUGGAAUUGUAGUCCCAUAUAACUUAACAAAACUUUAGCAUUUUGCUGGAUAAUAUGGCCAAGUAGGCCUUUAUGUGAUGUGAUUUGUAUGAAAAACUGAAAGACGAACAAGCUGAUAUUUCAUAUUUGUAAUUUUAAGGCAGCAUUUUUUCUUUUAAGUACAUUAUAAAGUGGCUGAAGAAUGUCAGUAUUUUUGUGUAUAAAUUUAAAAUCUACAUUUUUUAUCAAAAUAUUUUUAUCGUCGAUCAACCAAAACUGAAAUUUUAAUUGUCAUGCAUAUUUCUGAAUCUUAUGGUUCUAUGGAGAUUUUCAGUUAUUUGAAAUAGUAGAUCUUCCUUUUUAAUGAACUCACUGAAAUACUGAAAUAUAAAAAUAUGCAAAAGUAAAGCAAGUACAACAAAUUCGUGUCUUUUCCUACAAUUUUCUAUUCGAGCAGCUUUUUCAUAUAAUUUCAGAAUAAAGUGCUGCAAUUGCAUUGCUUAUAAUUUUUUCAAACAAAA